AAUAAUGACUUCCUCUCCUUGGUAGCGCAAAUAUCCAGAGUUGACAAGGCAGUGACUGGGAAGCUAGCCCAGUUCCAGAGGUGGCCUUGCUCGAUGUUGAUCUUCAAUAUAUGAUUGUUCAUCCAUUUCUUGUAACAGUCACAAACAGAGAUUGCACGCUCAUGGAGAUCCAUAUAUAACCCAUUAACAUUUAUGAAUCAGACUUCUGACACAGAUAAAAAUAGGUACUUGCAAUCGAAAAUCUCCUUGCUAAAAAUUUUUUAAAUGAGGAGAUAUAUCUAGCUUUACCAGGCAGACAUUUAAUCCUUAGCCUAAUAUCAAAAUUUUGACCAACUCAGUCUAUUAUGGACCAAAUCACCAGAUACGAAACAAGGUUUUACAAAUGGGUUCCUUGUGUCUUUGGACAAAAUUUUAUGCAAAUCAAUAUUAAUGUCAUUUGAGAAGAGUGGAGAAAUACACUAACAAUAAAGUUUGCCUAUUGCCAUGAGACCGUGACUCUGCUGGGAUGUUUUGACAAAGUCAAUUUAAUGUUUCUAGUCGAAGUUUCUACCUAAAGUUAGGAACUUUCCUUCCUAUUCUACUUUACUCAUUAUAUGUUUUUGACUAUGAAUUAGUGAGAGUUAUCAAUAGUCAAUGUUAUGGUUGUUCCUCAUUCAUGUGUAUCCUGUAAACGCCAAAGGAGAGGAGAGGAGAGGAAGAGAGCUUGCAAAUGGCGUCAACACUUCUAUUCCUAGCGUUGUUUGUUCUUGAUUUCAUUGCUUUUGCACUAGCUCUUCAAGCAGAGCAUAUGAGAAGUACGGCCAAGGUUGUCGUUGACCCUGAAUUCAUGUACAAUUACUGCGUGUACGACUCAGAGAUUGCAACAAGUUUAGGAAUUACUGCAACUGUACUACUUUUGGUGAGUCAAGUUCUCACAGUGAGGUUGGCCUGUCCAUUCUCCUUCUCCUUCAGGAAGGCCCUGAAGCAUGGAGGUUACAGAACUUGUGCAGUGAUCCUUUCCAUUACCUCCUGGAUUACAUUCAUGGCUGCUGAGGGAUGUUUGGUGGUGGGUUCUGUGAGGAAUUCUCAACACACCAAAUACAGGACCAUAUUCGGUGAUGACCCGCCUUAUUGUGAGACGUUGAGGAAGGGAGUUUUUGAGGCAGGGGCAGCUCUCACAUUGCACACCAGUUUAUUCUCCAAGAUGAAUUACGUCUGCUGUUUUAAGCAUCAGGUCCAGGAAGGCUUUGACACAGACAACACUGAGUUGGGAACCUACGCCUCCAUUUAAUUUAAGUUAAUUUGUUUUUUGCAAUACUCCUGUAUCGCGUAAGUUUGCUUGCCAAUGAUAAAUUCAAUAAAUUUUCUUUUAACAAAAAAUUGCCUAUUCAAAAGUUCACCCAAGUGACCCAAGGCAGGAAUUGCCCCUAGCAUGGCCCAGCCUGCUCUUCUGCUCGCCAACAGGCUAGCCAAGGCAGAAGCCCAAGCAAAAGAAAAGUAAUGAAACUCAGAAUUGAAUUCCAUGGGCCAAACAAAAAAUAGAGAGAGCCGAGGGAAAAUAAGUAUCCUCUUUUUUCCAUUUUUUCUGUAAAUUAUUUUUUGAAAAAAUUCUAAAAGUUUCUAUGAGCUAAACAUCCAUUAUUCCAUUUUAUUUGGUUUCCAAUACAAACCAAGCAUUUUGCAACAGUAAGUAUAAUUUUUCAUGUAUCUAUGCCUCUGGCUAACUCUCACUUUUCAAGCCAAACAUAAGCAUCAAAAGAGAAUAAACAAUUUUAAUUUUUAAUACCCCACAGAACCACAGUACUAGAACAUUAUGUUCAGAUUACAUUACUAAAGCUGCCAUAAUAUGCCCCAAACUCAGAGAAUAGAAUACAAAUCAGGAAGACUUAAUGCUUACCGCUAC